GGGAUCGUGGUGUUCCUGCAAUGUGGGCUAUAGACAGUGUCCGGUGAAUUAUUAAUUUCGAAAAACUACGCCGUUAACGACUUAACUAUCUGAAGAUCGAGGAAACAAGCAAAGACACUUAGUUGUUGAUGGAUAAUUUGUCCGUUAAGACCAAGAAACGCAAGUACUCAAAAGAGGGCUGUGUGGAAUGCAAACGACGCAAAAUCAAGUGCGACGAGGCCAAGCCUAUUUGUUGGCACUGCAAACGGCUCGACAAAAUAUGUGUUUAUCAGCCUCCCAGGUCAUCGAAGCUUAAGGACAUACCUUUAACCAAUGUUUCUCCCGUGGGAUACUAUCCCACGCCAUGUCGUGCGCCUGUCCCCGUUCAACCAAACGAUCUUCGUUUAUUCUCCGUGAAUCGAAUGGGGCCACCAAUACUAGGAGUUCACGAAAACACUCACGCUUCGCCAUCCGCGACCGCCAUACCGUAUCCCUCUGAAUCCUCGGGAAUGAACGAACAGUCGCAGUCUCCACAGAGCAACUUCCCCCUGCACUCUUUGGGAGCAUCAGCGAACAACCUGGCACACAGUCUCAACGAUUUGCUGGAAAGCAAGAUAGACGAGAUCGGCGUUCCCAACGACGACAGUGAAAUGGAGAGCAUGUUCCGUAUGUUCAAGCGCACAGAAUACCAAUGUCCAGACUUGACUACAUCUUUGGACUCCGUCAACGGCUGGGGAAUUCCUGAUUUCCUUACCAAACGUAUUUCCAUAGAUUCUCUGCAGUUCCCCGGAGAACACAGAAAAUACCUCGAGCUUUUCGACCACGACUACGUCCGAGUGAUUAUGCCUUUUCAGCCCUUGCCCCAUUACAACCCAGCAAGGGAGAUUCUUUUAACAUACGCAAACAAAAACAAUUAUCUUAUGGCUGCCAUCUUAUCAUGCGGUGCUCUGCAGAGUUUCCGCAGAACUCAAGACCAACAAGACGAGAAGAAUUAUUGCUCGUAUUUGUCAACUUGUCUACAGCUGUUGUCCACUGUUCUUGCUGAGCAAGAUAAGAUCAGCAGCAAUGUGGAGCCCAUGCUACUCACCAUCCUCCUACUCACGUCGUACACCGCGAUGUCUCUUGUACAACAAUGGAGACCGCAUCUCUGUGCUGCAAAGGACCUGCUUUCCACAUAUGCUCCAUUCAGUGAGGAUCCGCGUCUUCGGCAGAGAAACUCCUAUGUCGUGGCAUUCUGCCGCAACUGGUAUCUGUCGAUAGAGAAUAUUGCCGGUCUCACGGCUCCGCUAGGUGGAGUGCUCAAAAACGAUAGAGAGCUCGACCUUGCCAUGUACGACCUCCCAUAUACUCGUGCCUACUGGGAGAGUAUGAUGUGCUGUCGCAGGGAUGGUUUCAAUUAUCUUUAUGGCUAUUCCAAUACACUUGGAGUGUCGCUUCAAAAACUUAUCAAGUCGAUAAAAAUCAUGCGCAGCAAGAACCAUUCCUCACCACAGUCACCCAACCUUUCCGCGUUUACAAUUUUUGAGCUCACAGCCGAUUUUCACAGAGAGUCCCAGUUUGAGAUCAUCAGCAAAACCGGAAUUGUGCCUAGAACUCACUUUAUGCAUCCUGAUAACAGUCAUGCCCCACCACUGGGGUUUGAACCGCUUUCACCAGAAGCAAUCGAAAAAGUCGAGUAUUCUGAUGGCACUUACGACUACAUUUCAUGGUAUGACGUGUGUCACCAGUCUUUUGUGAUCACUGCGUUCCUGAUCAUUACGUCUGAUCUAGGUCGGAUCCCUAAAAGACACCCGAUAAUCCAAGAACUGGUCCAUCGGGCACUACAUCUCCUCCGAUUUCUGGACUCUGAGAAAGUAAUGAGAAACUAUUGUGUCCUCAUGCUCCAGGUGGCCGUAUUCUAUGUUGGCCUAAAUUGCGUGUACGAUCGCGACCGUGAAUUCGUCACUCGCUUCUUCACCCAAAUGAAUAAUUUGCACACGGCGUCGGCCUCCAUUACACUCAAAAGACUCAAACGGAAGUGGGAGCGCUAUGACAAGAUACAUGAUGGCGACACAGGGACUUUUGCUUUUGAGCCGGACCUCGAGGACGACGACUUCGAGGACGUGAUGAAUUAUUAGGGCGCGUCGAUCGGCCCAUAUCGGCGCAAAUAUUGAUUAAUCUUCAAAUUUUUAAUUUUUAGUGUAUUUUCUGCAAAUACAGUCGUCAUGAAU